AUGAUGUAAAACCAGAAGGCUUUCUUAAACUUAGCUUUUGUAAUUUAUUUUUAAAGUACUAAGUUCUGGGAACCACGUGAUUUCUCCCUGUAAAUAUCAGGGCUUGCUCUGCUUUUCAGCAAUCGUUGGACUUCAGCAUGACUAUGUCUCAGUUGCUGGAUUAUGCGGCAAUUUUCUUUCUCUGUGUCUUAACAGCCAGCUCUCUGGAUACGUUUACUGCAGCUGUAUAUGAGCAUGCAGUGAUAUUGCCUAAUGCCACCCUGAUGCCGGUGUCCCAUGAAGAGGCCUUGCUAUUAAUGAACCAAAAUCUGGAUCUUUUGGAGGAAGCAAUCACAUCAGCAUCAAAGCAGGGUGCACAUAUUAUUGUGACUCCAGAAGAUGGUAUUUACGGCUUUAACUUCAACAGGGAAUCUAUCUACCCAUACUUGGAGGAUAUCCCAGACCCUCAAGUGAACUGGAUCCCUUGUAAUAAUCCCGACAGAUUUGGCCGCACCCCAGUGCAAGAAAGGCUCAGCUGUCUGGCCAAGGACAACUCCAUCUACGUCGUGGCAAACAUUGGAGACAAGAAGCCAUGCAAUGCCAGUGACCCUCACUGUCCCCCUGAUGGUCGUUACCAAUACAACACUGAUGUGGUGUUUGAUUCUGAGGGGAAAUUGGUGGCUCGCUACCAUAAGCAAAAUCUUUUCUUGGGUGAAGAUCAGUUCAAUGCACCCAAGGAAGCUGAGGUCAUGACUUUCAACACCACGUUUGGAAAGUUUGGCAUUUUCACGUGCUUUGAUAUUCUCUUCCAUGAUCCUGCUGUGACCCUGGUGAAAGAUUUCCACGUGGACACCAUACUCUUCCCGACAGCUUGGAUGAAUGUUUUGCCACAUUUGUCAGCUAUUGAAUUCCACUCAGCUUGGGCUAUGGGCAUGGGAGUCAACUUCCUUGCAUCCAAUUUACAUUACCCCUCAAAGAAAAUGACAGGAAGUGGCAUCUACGCACCUGAUUCUCCAAGAGCAUUUCAUUAUGAUAUGAAGACAGAGAAGGGAAAACUCCUCCUCUCACAACUGGCCUCCCACCCACACCCCACAGCAGUAGUGAAUUGGACUUCUUAUGCGAGUGGUAUAGAAGCCCCCUCAAUGGGAAACCAGGAAUUUAAGGGCAUCAUCUUUUUUGACGAGUUCACCUUCUUGGAGCUCAAAGGAGUCACAGGAAAUUACACAGUUUGUCAGAAAGAUCUCUGCUGUCAUCUAAGUUACAAGAUGUCUGAGAAGAGAUCAGAUGAAGUUUAUGUACUAGGGGCAUUUGAUGGACUACAUACUGUGGAAGGGAGCUAUUACUUACAGAUUUGUACUCUGUUGAAGUGUAAAACAAUGGACUUACACACUUGUGGUGAUUCAGUUGAAACUGCUUCCACCAGGUUUGAAAUGUUCUCCCUCAGUGGCACUUUUGAAGCCCAGUAUGUCUUCCCUGAGGUGUUGCUGAGUGGAAUUCAGCUUGCACCUGGAGAAUUUCAGGUGUCAAGUGACGGACGCUUGUGCAGCCAGAAGCCACUAUCUGGACCUAUCUUGACAGUAACUCUGUUUGGAAGGUUAUACGAGAAGGAUAGUGCACCAAAUGCUUUCUCAGACCUCAUGGCACAGGCACUGAGAGUAACGCUCAUAGUUGUCAUACCUAUUGUGUACUCAUUAGGUUGGUAGAAUAUUUACAUUUUCUCUCUUUUACUUCAGAUCAUUUAAGUGGAUGUGAGAAGAAGAAUGGGUCUGGGAUUUUGAUAAUAGUGGUCAUGGUCUAUCAUAUCAGUGAAUUACUAAUACGCUUUUUCUUUUGUUUAGACAAAUAAACACACACACACACACACACGACAAUAUAAGCCAGAUAAAUAGUGAAAGAAUUUUGAAAGGUAAAAUCUGUAAAAUGACAACAACAGUUAUACCCACCUGUUAGGUUUUUUUUGGUGAGAAUUAAAUGUUACUGCAGUUAAAGUACUUAGACAAGUUCCCUCUCAUGGAAAGCACUCUAUAUAUGUUAGCUAUUACAAUGAUAUAGGACUAUCACAGAAAAACCAACUGUGAUGUAUUUAUUGCUAAAAUUAUAUCACCUCUGAUUGGACGAAGUGCAUAUAUUUUCCAACAGUUCAGCCACUCUGCAUAUUUCAGUUAGAAAAUCAAUGAACUCAACAUCAGCCGGUUGGGUGUGGCUUGAUAUCUAGCACUAAGGUAUCCCAGAAGGCAGCUGGGCUUCCAUCUAGGAAUCUGCUCAAGAGCCUUAAUGUUUUUUAUGUGCUUUUCAGUGGUGAUUUCCUGCUUAUUUAGUGCUUUGCCUAUCUUAUCAAUCUGUGAGCAAGCUAACAGGGUGGCUCUAAAAUAGACAUUUAUCAAAUCUGGCCUGUUAUUCUGUUUUUGCAUGAGUUAAGAAAGGUUUUUAUGUUUAUAAAGGUUUGAAAAAGAAAAUAAAAAGACAUUUUGUGACACAUGAAAAUUAUUUGAAAUUCAAAAUUCAGUCUCCAUACCUAAAGUUUUAUUGAACACAGUCAUGUUUAUUUGUUUAGUAUUUUUGAUGGUUGUUUUCAUGCUACAACUGUGGAAUGGAGUAGAUGUGAUAGAGACCACAUGGCUAAAAAGGGUGAAAAUAUUUACUACAUUUACAGAAAAACAUUGCUGUCCCCUGCUCUAAAGUAUUAAAUAACAAUGGAUUAUAGUAUUGAAAACCUUUAAUACAAACGAAUAGGCAAAUAGUCCUUGAGUGUCUUUCUUGUAAUUCUUCCACCCAAGGAGAAAUAAAAUAUUUCAAUUUGC